CGAGGCUGGGAGAUUCCACCUUUUAGACCAAAUGGGUGGGAGUUAGGUUUUGUUUUGGGUGACAAAAGUGAUCUGGAUGGAUAUAUGCGCCGGCAAAUUCUAAGCAAAGCAGCGCCUACUGAAAGGAUGCGGUGUAACGCCCGAAAAGCUGUCCUCCUUACCAUCCUUGUUUACUCCCCCCUACUAAUCGAAUCAUCUCAUGUUGGUUGCAGUACAAGGUGUAUUGCGGAAAACUGCAAUUCGAUUGGAAUUAAAUACGGCAAGUAUUGUGGCGUUGGCUGGACUGGUUGUCCAGGGGAGAAACCAUGCGAUGAUCUUGACGCAUGUUGCAAAAUUCACGAUGACUGUGUAGAGAAAGCUGGUAUGACAAAUGUCAAAUGCCAUGAGAAGUUCACGAAGUGCAUAAAGAAAGUACAGAAGUCAGGAAAGGUAGGAUUUUCAAGAGACUGCCCCUAUGACACAGCCGUGCCAACAAUGGUACAAGGUAUGGAAAUGGCCAUUAUGUUUAGUCAGUUGGGAAACUCAAAGAUUGAGCUAUGAUUAGCUUUUGCACUGCCUGCCCCCCACUUGUUAGAUAAAGGUGAUAAAUAUACUAAUUUCCAUUCCUUCAAGCCUCAUUUUUUGUAGUGACUUGAAUUUGAGAAUUCGUGUCAAGGGUUUGUUGUUGCCUACUUCAAUUCUGAAACUCCAACGCCAAUCUCCAUUAGUAGAAUCGCUGUCCUGUUCGAACUUUUUUUAUUGUCUGGAUUUAUCUUCUUGCUCUGAUAACUAUAGCUUAGUUGUAUCUGAACACUAGGUAUAGUUUUAUGAGAGUAAAUGAGUAAGAAACAAAAGUUAGCAUCCAUUGUUACUGUAAUCUUUAAUGGUUGG